GUGCGCGCGCAGGCGGUGGGCGGAGCGGGACGGAGCAGGGCGGUCCAACCCAUCCCAUCCCAUCCCAUCCCACGCCCCCCCGGCCUGUUCCGGGCCGUGCCCCGCUCUCCCUUCGCUCCCUUCCCCUCCCCGCCCCGGCAGCUCCCUCGGUCGCCGGGGCCUCCCUCCCUCCCUCCCUCGCAGCCCGCCCAUGGAUUUCACAUAGCGGCCGCCUCCUCUCCUCCUCCGCCGCUCCAUGGCGGCUCCGGCCCCGCGGCCGCCCGGCCUGUGCUGCUGCCGCAAAGGCUCCGCGGGCGGCCCGGAGGCUCCGCCGGCCCCUCCGCCUCCUCCUCCCGACCCGCCGCCGCCUCCGGACGUGGCGUCGGCCUCCAGCUCGCAGCUCUUCGCCCUGCGCCACCUGCACCUGGGGCUGGAGCUGCGCCCCGAGGCGCGGGCGCUGGCGGGCUGCCUGGUGCUGGAGCUGUGCGCCCUGCGCCCGCAGCCCUGCGCCUUGGUGCUGGACGUGCACCCGGCUCUGCGCGUCCUCUCGGCCGCCUUCCGCCGCGCCCCGCCGGGGGAAGCCCCCUGCUCCUUCGCCUUCUCCCCCGCCGAAGCCGCCUCCUCUUCCUCCUCCUCCUCUGCCGCCCCGGCCCCGCCGCCCCCUCCUCCCCCGCCGCCUCCCUGUGCUCCUCCGCCGCCUCCGUGCUCCGCCGCCGCCGCGCCCUGCACCGCCACGUUCCUCUCUGCUCCCUGUAUCGCCGCGCCGCCCUCGGAGCCGCCCGCCGGGCACCCACCGCUGGCGGAGCCGCCGCUGCCGCGGUUCUCCCGGCCGCCCGCCGCCUCCUGCCCGCUGGGAUUCCGCGUGGACCCCUUCACCGACUACGGCUCGGCCCUGACGCUGUCGCUGCCCGCCGCCCUGCAGCCGCACCAGCCCUUCCAGGUCAUCGUUCGCUACACCACGGCCGACGGCCCCGCCAUCUGGUGGCUGGACCCAGAGCUGACGUACGGCAACACCAAGCCCUUUGUCUUCACGCAGGGCCAUUCGGUGUGUAACCGCUCCUUCUUCCCCUGCUUUGACACACCAGCAGUGAAAUGCACCUAUUCAGCCACCGUCAAGGCUCCAGCGGGCAUGCAGGUGUUGAUGAGCGCCACUCAAAGCACCUUCCUAGAAGACGAAGGAGUGUAUCAAUUCUACAUGGAAUAUCCAGUUCCUGCCUACCUCGUGGCCCUGGUGGCAGGAGACCUUAUACACGCAGAUAUAGGUCCAAGGAGCAGAGUGUGGGCAGAGCCCUGCCUGCUGCCAACUGCCAUCAGCAAGCUUUCUGGCAUGGUUGAGCGCUGGUUGACUGCUGCAGAGAGCCUGUAUGGCCCAUAUAUUUGGGGAAGAUAUGACAUUGUUUUUCUUCCUCCAUCCUUCCCUAUUGUUGCCAUGGAAAACCCAUGCCUGACUUUCAUCAUUUCUUCCAUUCUGGAGAGCGAUGAGUUUUUAAUCAUUGAUGUCAUUCAUGAAGUUGCCCACAGCUGGUUUGGAAACGCGGUCACCAACGCUACGUGGGAGGAGAUGUGGCUGAGUGAAGGGCUGGCCACGUACGCGCAGCGCCGGAUCACCACUGAGACCUAUGGAGCUGCUUUCACGUGCUUGGAGACUGCGUUCCGCCUUGAUGCUCUCCAUAGACAGAUGAAGCUCCUUGGAGAAGACAACCCGGUCAGCAAGCUUCAGGUUAAACUGGAGCCAGGUGUAAAUCCUAGUAAUUUAAUGAACCUCUUCACCUAUGAGAAAGGCUACUGCUUUGUUUACUACCUGUCCCAGCUGUGUGGUGAUCCAGGACGCUUUGACUCUUUCCUCAGAGCCUACAUUGAGAAGUACAAAUUCACCAGUGUUGUGGCUCAAGAUCUUCUGGAUUCCUUCCUGAAUUUUUUUCCAGAUUUGAAAGAGCAAUGUGUUGAGAGCAAAGCAGGACUGGAGUUUGAACGUUGGCUCAAUGCUACAGGACCUCCGUUAGCUGAGCCAGACUUAUCUCAGGGAUCCAGCCUGACCAGACCGGUGGAGACGCUCUUCAAACUCUGGACCACUGAGCCUCUGGAUUCUGAUGCUGCUGCCAGCAGCGCUGACCUCACUAAAUGGAGAACGUUCCAAACUGUGCUCUUCUUGGACAGAUUGCUGGAUGGUUCACCACUGCGCCAUGAAGUGAUAAAAAAGCUUUCGGAGUGUUACUCCUCUCAGCUGGACUCCAUGAACGCAGAAAUCCGCAUCCGCUGGUUGCAGAUUGUAGUCCGCAAUGACUACUACCCAGACCUUUACAAAGUCCGUCGCUUCUUGGAAAACCAGAUGUCUCGGAUGUACACAAUUCCACUUUAUGAGGACCUUUGCACUGGCACGCUCAAGUCUUUUGCCUUAGAAAUUUUUUACCAGACCCAAAACCAGCUGCACCCCAACUUGAGGAAAACCAUCCAACAGAUUUUAUCACAGGGCUUAAAUCCGCUUCCUGCCAUAGACACUACAGCAGGCGCUGCAGACACACCAGCAAUGGUGCUCGAGGACAAAGUCUCAGAGGCCACCAACGGUGCCAUUUCACUCAGGGAUGUUAAUGUGUCUGCUUAGAUCACCAGCUCACACCAGCCACAGAGCUUGAACGUGGGGACAGGAUCAGAGAUGCCAAGUGUCGCCUCCUUUCCCUCAGCCCUGCAGCUGCAGUGUGUUGUUGUAACUGGAUUUCUCUUCCAAAACACGUAGGAAAUGUGCCUUCAAGUAUCCAGUGUGUGACGCCACCAGGCUUCAGAGAUCUCCUUCAGCCGUGGGACGGAUAUUUGGAUUUGGUUUGUGCUGCGCAUGGACUCCUGUGUGGUUGCCUUUGCAGGGAAUAUGAGUAGUUCUCUUUCCCGAGGCUCAUCUGGUUGGUUUCUCUAAGGUUAUUUAAUUGUUUUCUUCCAUCUGAGGCCACUGAGGCAUGUCCUACUUGCUGUGUGUACGUUGCUGGGGAGUGUAUGUGUGUCAGACUGCCGUUAUCCUGAUAGUUGGGCUGAAAUUUUGCAGAGACCCGGGAAUUCUCAGUGGCAGUAGAUACAUUUUCAUGUCACACUCUUACUGUGACAGAGAGAGGUAUCAUCACAUGGGAAGGAGGGGACUAAUGCACAGAUAACUAAGAAAUGAAAUAGCUCCUGUUUUUUUCAUCCCCCUACUCCAGGUGGCUAAAGAAUAAUAAUGCUUUAUAUAUAUAUGCUUUUAUAUAUAUAAAGAAGAGCAGGGAAACCUUAUGAUGGAUUUGAAAUCUUUUUGUGGUUAACCCCUCACUUUUCCCUUUGCACUCAGUGGGACAAGCAAUAAGGAAAUGUUUAGGCUCGAAUUUUCACUAAGUUAAAUUAGGUGCCCAAUUGCCAUCCAUCUGUUCUGGUACAAACUGGAUGCCUAAACCUUUUUAACUGUUUUGACUGCAAGCUUUCGUAUUGUCUUGCAUGUGUGUUCAUUGCAUACACUGUUUUCUCUGUUCUGUCCUUUUCGGAAGAAUUAACAGGACCCUUAAUUGUUUUAAAAGAGCCCCAGCAUAUGGUGGGCCUGUAAGUCAGCCCCAGAGAUACCCAGUCUCAAAUUGUACUGCCUUGAAUAAUAUUUGCCUCUAACAGUUGCCCCCAUCAUACAGUAAUCCGAGGGCAGCACUCUUCCUUGAUAUGAAGCCCCAUUUGACUUGAGUCUGUUUUCUGACUCAUGGUGGUGGCCAGGUGCCAUUUUGUUUACACAGCAUGCUGUUUCUCUAUCUCUGGCCAGGCAUGCAGGAUGGAGAGCCUGGUGCUGUUUGGUUCUGAAGCGCUGAGGGCAGAGCAUGGCUGGGUAUUACUAUUACACAGUGCAGGUGAUGAUUCAUAGACUCUGUGCCACGUUCUUUUAGAUGCAGCCAACUGUGUGCCUCCUGGUGAGCUCCCGGCGAACUUCUCUGAGUUGAUGUAUCAGCAGGGUAGAGGAUGAGCGUGAAUACAAAAUGAAACACUUUGCAGAUGCUCAGCUAAAGAAGAUGUGACAGAAUCUAUUAUAUAAAUUCUAGCACUGCUAUGAGGAUCUGCAUAGCACAGGGAGAGGGGAAAUUUGGGAGAUUUCUAUUCACCAAAAGAAUCUGUUUACACCCAUGUGCGGAUGGGGACUUAGGUGCUGUUACCGGAUCUGUGUUUUCUGGCUUUAAAUUAAUUUGGACUUCACCAUAGCCUUAGCCUGGGCUGAACUGGGAUGAAGCAAUAAUGAACUCAGGCCUCCUUAGUGCUUCAUUAGUUUUCAGAAUGAGCCAUCAGCAUCGCUGGGCUUCUGAGCUCCAAGCUCUGCUCUCUGCUUGGUAAAUGGGUUACCUUUUCCGUUCUGUCUUGUUUUCCCAGAAGGGACAGAGAAUGACGUUUUCUGUACAGAUCUCUUUCCUUUUCUUUUUGUCUGUUGCUCUCAUGAAAGAGAUUUGUGCGAGCUGACUUUCCAGUUCCUGAGUUGCACUGCUGGUGCUGUGUUUCCUGGACCUCCCCCCUGUGGGUGGUGGCAGCCUGGCCCAGGCAGUGACCACGAGCAUCCUUUGGAAUCCCAGGCCUCUGUUUAAACACGUUUUAUUUUGUGGGAGAAUGAAUGUGACCCCGGUGGGAGUUCUUAAUUUACACGGAUGCCUUAUGAUGAUUGUCAAAUUAAACUACGCUUUGUGACAAGUUUAGCCUUUUGGGGCAUUUUUUCAGUGUCCUUGUUAUGGACACAUGGAAGAACUGACUUGGUAUGUUGUCUUUGUUUUGUCCUGUUCUGGAGUACAGCGUGUAGGGGGUUGGAAAGCUGUUUAAAAGCUGCACGGCACAAGGCUGGAGUGGUGGCAAAAAUAAAAGGGAAUAUUACCUGUUGUUACUGCAGCUGACAUCAGCUCAGCUGUGUGUUUGUGUGGGCAUGAAUUCGAGCAGGGAAAUGUUGCUUGGAUCUAACUGACCGUUUUGUGAUUGAACAAUAUGAAAUUUAAGUUAGUAUUUCUGCUCCCAUCCCUGUGAGAACACAUCAGAGGGCUAUUUUCAUACAACAGCUUCUCUGAAACACAGAGAAGCAGCAGGGUUUGUUGAGUAUUAAAUAUUCUGUUUGUCUUACUUCAGGUACUUUUGCUCCUCCCGGGAGCUGGGAGUGUAUUUUUAUUUGGAAGAGAAAAAAUUGGAAGCAAGUUUUUGGAGCUAAGCCUUCCUUUUGUUGACAUGAAAUAAAUUAAUGCUUCAGACAACUUUU